AAGAUGUUUAGUUCUAGCAAAAAGAGAAAGAAAAUUGAAAGAAAGAGAGGACACUUCCAAUGUAGGAAAUCCAGGGUAGAAGUCGCCCCUUGAGUAAACUAGCUAUGGUAUGAGGGAGAUGCUGGCUAAAAUGUCUGUGGGAAAGGAGUACGGAGAGUUUGGGGAUGACCUUGAUUUUGAUGAGGUCACCAUGUUGACCUCUGACCAGAUGACCUGUCCUGAGAUGUUUGACCUUGAUGAGGUCUUCCCUGACAUCCCGUCUAUCAGUCCUGUUUUUGAGGAUCACACUUUUCCAGUUGAACAGUAUUGUUUUGAGGAUUUCCCUGAUCGCAGUGGCUUCAAAAAGUGUGAGGAGGUGAGGGAGGAAGACAUGGUGGAAUACUGCAGUACUCUCUACUCUACUCUUCAAGCUUUGCUAGGAGCUGGGCAGCUGGAUUGGAAGCCAAGUUGUUCACCUACAGGCAUUGUGACCACUUUGGUGGCCUCUGCCAUGGAGUCAGGAGAUCAGGGAUCAGACUUGGGUUGA